CUUGUCAAGCUUGAAUCCAAAGAAACCAAGAGAGCAUGAUGAUAAGACUUCACACACACUAGACUUAGUAUCGUCACUCUUCUGGAUGCAAAUGGAUGUUUCCUUUUGGAAAGAAAAUAGCUUUUGAGUGAACUCUAUGGUUUUGAUUUUGAUGAAAAUAUAAAAUAAAUUUGGAAAAGGCUACCUAGAAUUGUGGCUUUAGUUUAUUGUUGCAUUACAUCUUUGAAUCUUAUGUGAAAUAUAGCUUGAGUGAAAUGUGGAAUUGGUUUGAAUUGCAUUUGAAAACGCCACCAACAAUAGUGGCUCUUUGGUUUAUUGUUGCAAUUACAUCUUUAAAUCUAAUUAUGGUUUAACUAUGCUUGCUCCAAGUCUACUUCUAACCCGUUUUCUUCUACAACUUGGCAGGCACAUCUUUCUGACCCCCCAAAAAAUGAGUGACCAAGGUCCACUUCCAAUGCCUCUUGGCGGAAACUUCACUGUACCUAAACAUGUCUCUGACUUCUUUGCGAGUGUAGAGAAGCUUAUUCCUGGUCACAUCUUGGGAAUGAUCAUAUCAUCUAAACCAGAUAAUGAUCGUGUCACGGUUGUCAGCUGCAAAGAAACUUCAUACGCUAGGUGGAGAAAGCACACGGUUAUGCCAGGCUUUCUAAAUGAUAAAAACUGGAAAAAGUACAUGGGUCUGAUGAGAGAUCAAGGAGGCCAUAACACUUGUUGGGCUGUUGUAACUGCAGAGUUGAUCAGUGCCAUAAGAUUCAUUCUGAAGUAUGAUACAAAGUUCACUGAGUACUCUGCUCAGUACUUGGUGGAUUAUGCUGACCCAGCAAAGGCAUUAGCGAACUACGAGCAAGAAAGGCAUUACUGCUACACUCACUCUGUAGCUAAAGGCUUAGAUUUUAUACUGGAUGGAGGAAUACCAACAGAAGCACAUUGGAAAUACGAGGGUUGUAGGAAACCGCGAGCUUACCGUCCACCGAAGGAUGAUCCUCAUGUUCACAUUGCUGAUGAGAUGUUAUAUCACCUGCAAUUUCAUCCCAUUGGAGCAUCUUUGGCUCUAUUCCUACCGGAUUACUCCACUAUCAAAAAGGGAGUGUACAGAGGACCUACAUCCAUAGAUUCAGUGUAUAAAUGUCCUCAUGCGGUCUCCAUAUAUGCCAUCGAAGUUGUAGACGGAGAAACCAUUGCGCUUGUGAAAUCUACUCACGGCACAGAACUAGGGGAUAAAGGUUAUUUCAGAGUAUCUUUAGAUACCAUGCUAGUUGAGGUGCCACACAAGGGAAAAACUGCUAAUCGCGAUUUUGCACGACCAUGCCGUUUGCUUUCUCGCUUUUGUUUCCCGAAACUUCCACCUCUACAAGUUUGA